CCCCGCCCGGGUGCGGUAGGCGGAAGUAGAUGGAAACAAGGCAGAGGCCAGACGGACCGUCACAGCUGUUGAGAAACACUGAAAACACACCAGCCUGCGGGUUGUCCUCUGCUUCCACGGCCUGGAUGGUGUAGGAGAAGAAGAAACGUCAACAUGGCCGACACAUGGAAGCGUCUCUCCACCGUGCUCCAACUACCAGCGUCACUUUCCGCCUGUCUCCUCGCUCUGCUCCUCGUCUGCCCCGGUGACGCCAGCCGACACCGGACACGACGCCUCAGCAGCCCCGCCGCCGAGGACCCGGUAGAAACUUACGACAGAUACUACGAUUACGCGAGUCUAACGGGACGUCUGCGGUCUUUAGCCCAGAAAUACCCGCACAUAGCCAACCUGUCGAGCGUGGGUCAGUCCGUGGAGGGCAGGCAGCUGUGGGUGAUGCGCAUCACCACGGAGCCCGACGCGGACUCGCCGGGGAAACCUAAAUUUAAGUACGUGGGCAACAUGCACGGAGACGAGACCGUGUCCCGGCAGGUGCUGGUCUACCUAGCGGAGCACCUGCUGCUUAAAUACGGAGAGGAGCCGCGCAUCACGGAGCUCGUAAACACAACGGAUAUUUACAUCAUGCCGAGUAUGAACCCGGACGGCUUCGAGAAGUCCAAAGAGGGGGAAUGCCUGGGAGAGAACGGCGGCAGGAGUAACGCCCAAAACAUUGACCUGAACAGAAGCUUUCCUGACCAGUUCGCCGGGACCAGCGUCUCUCCAGAGGAAAUACCCGAGGUCAUGGCUGUGAUCAGAUGGAUCCAGGAGAAAAAAUUUGUGCUGUCAGCGAACCUGCAUGGUGGCACCGUGGUCGCCAGUUACCCUUUUGACGACUCAGCCGUCCAUCAGCUACAGGGCCACUACAGCAGGUCAGACGAGGACAACCUGUUUCGCUACUUGGCUAUGACGUAUUCCCAGAACCACCCUGUGAUGAAGACUGGUAUGCCCAACUGUCCCGAUGCCAUGGAGGAAACUUUUAAAGAUGGCAUCACCAAUGGGGCUCAGUGGUACGAUGUACCUGGAGGGAUGCAGGACUACAACUACCUCCAUGGAAACUGUCUGGAGAUCACCAUUGAGCUGAGCUGCUGCAAAUAUCCUCCUGCAACUGAGCUCCAUAAGGAAUGGGAUCUGAAUAGGGAAUCCCUACUAGCCUACAUGGAAAAGGUACAUAUAGGUGCUCGUGGAUAUGUGAAAGAAGCCGUCACUGGUGCUGCCCUCUCCAACGUCACCAUUAUGGUGUCAGGCAUUCAGCACAAUCUGACCACAGGAAACUACGGGGAGUACUAUCGCCUCCUGCUCCCAGGAACGUACAACAUAACUGCUCUAGCCCCAGGGUACACACCAAUGACUGUCCACAGUGUCCAGGUCGUAGAGGACAAAGCCACAGAACUUAACUUUACCUUGGCACCUGUCGUCAGUGAGGCUGCAGGCAGCAGCACUGUGCCUACGUCCUCUGUCCCAUCCAGCCGUGAUCCAAACAUCUCCACCACUACUACAGAUGCUUCCAACUCCACUGUAGCUGUGUCUAGCGGAGACGGGAACAACCCUUCAAUGCUUCCACCUGAAAAUAUACCCGUCCAGCCGCAGGAAUUCCGUCACCACAACUAUGCAGACAUGGAGCUCUUCUUACGCAAGUACAGCAGCGAGUUCCCCUCUAUCGUCCAUCUUUACUCGAUUGGCCGCUCUGUGGAAGACAGAGAGCUGUACGUGAUGGUCAUCUCCGACAACCCCACUGUUCACGAGCACGGUGAGCCAGAAUUUAAGUAUGUGGCCAACAUGCAUGGUAAUGAAGUGGUGGGCCGAGAAUUGACGCUCAACCUCAUUGAGUAUCUGUGCCGUAACUAUGGCACCGACCCGGAGGUCACUCGUUUGGUCAACAACACCCGCAUUCACAUCAUGCCGUCUAUGAACCCUGAUGGGUAUGAGGCGGCCAAUGAAGGUGAUGUGAAGGGCUACAAAGGGCGCAACAACAGCAACAAUGUUGACCUGAACCGCAACUUCCCCGAUCAGUUCACGUCCGCCACAGGAACCAGACAGCCAGAGACUAUAGCUGUGAUGAACUGGCUGAAGAGCAUCUCCUUUGUCCUGUCAGCCAACCUCCAUGGAGGUUCCUUGGUGGUGAACUACCCCUAUGAUGAUGACAAAGAAGGGUUAAGUCAGUACAGCCAGUCCCCUGAUGACAAGGUCUUUCAGCUGGUGUCCAGAGCGUACUCACAGGAGAAUCCUCUGAUGCACAAUGGACACCCUUGUGAGGAACUGUACCCUGAUGAAUAUUUUGAGAACGGAAUCACCAAUGGUGCAAACUGGUACAAUCUUCAUGGUGGGAUGCAGGACUGGAACUAUUUAAACACCAACUGUUUUGAGGUGACCAUUGAGUUGGGUUGUGUGAAGUACCCUUUGGCCAAGGAGCUGCCUAAAUACUGGGAACAAAACCGAAGAGCCUUACUUCAGUUUAUACACCAGGUCCACACUGGAGUAAAGGGCACAGUGUCUGACAGUAGGGAUGGUACAGGAAUACCCAAUGCUACCAUCACUGUGGCAGAGAUAGACCAUAACAUCACCACGGCUCAUACAGGAGACUACUGGAGACUUCUAGCCCCCAACACUUACUCAAUCACAGCCGCUGCUCACGGGUACAUACCUCUAAGAACCUACGCCACAGUCGCAAAGGAUGGAGUGGAGGUGGUGGACUUCAGACUGACACGUUUGCACUCAGACUCUAACGGCCAGUCUCAAAACGGACCCCAACCCACACAGAACCCGUCUGAGAAGGCGUUGCAGAGCUUAAUCAAAGAUCUCUCUCUGGGCCAGGGUUUGGAUCAGUUGGUCAAGAGCACAGCCACAGAGAGCAUCUUCCGCUACCAACGUUAUAAAGAAUUGUCCGGGUCCAUGAGGGGCCUCACACUCAACUUUCCAAAAAUUACAUCCUUACACAGUUUGGGCCAAAGUGUAGAGUUUCGAACCAUUUGGGCUCUGGAAAUCUCCAACAAACCAGAGGAAGCUGAACCAUCUGAGCCCAAGAUUCGCUUUGUAGCAGGGAUCCAUGGCAAUGCCCCUGUGGGCUCCGCGCUGCUGCUGGAGUUUGCUGCCUUCCUGUGUAUCAACUAUGGCAAGAACCCAGCCAUCACUAAGUUGAUCAACGAGACCCGGAUCGUCAUCGUGCCUUUGAUCAACCCAGAUGGACGAGAACAGUCUGUUGAGAAACAGUGCACCUCCACUCAGGGUUUGACCAAUGCUCAUGGAAAAGAUCUGGACACAGAUUUCUUUGGCAAUGCAUCACAGCGUGUGGUGGAGGCUCAGCCAGAGACCAGAGCGAUGAUGGACUUGAUUCUAGAAAGGACUUACACACUCUCUGUAGCUCUCGAUGGAGGCGCCCUUGUUGCUACCUACCCUUAUGACAAACCCGUCCAGUCUGUUGAAAACGAGGGCACAUUGAAGUACUUGGCAAAUGUUUAUGCCAACAACCAUCCCAAGAUGCACCUCGGAGACACCGGAUGUUCAAAUAAUGGGCAGAUGGGCAACAUCCCCAACGGAGUCAUGAGGGCAGCAGAGAGACAAAGUCACAUGGGGAGCAUGAAGGAUUUCAGUAUGGACUUUGGCCACUGUCCAGAAAUCACAGUGUAUACUGGCUGCUGUUUGUUCCCUCCUGUUGAGCAGCUGGCCACACUUUGGGCCGAGAACAAGAAGGCUCUCCUCAGCAUGUUGGUGGAGGUCCAUAAAGGUGUGCGUGGAGUGGUGAGGGACAAGAGCGGGAAGCCCAUUGUUGGUGCAAUCAUUGUGCUGAACGGAGGUGUAAGAGUGUUUACUACAGAGGGUGGCUACUUCCACGCGCUGCUGGCUCCUGGCAACCACAACAUUGAAGCUGUUGCCGAUGGCUACCAACAACAACGUCAAGAGGUGGUGGUAUCGUCCUAUGAAGCUGCUAGCUCCAUCAUCAUUGAGUUUGACAUGGACAACAGUAUCUUUGGGCUGCCCAGAGAGUUUGUGGUGGCCAGUGCAGCGGCCUCCAUGACAGCACUGGUGGUGACGGCGUGCAUUAUCUGGUGUGUGUGUGCGGCCAAGUCUAACCGUCAGAAGGACGGCUUCCAUCGUUUGCGACAGCACAGAGACGACUACGACGACGAGAUCCGGCUCACGUCCAUGGGCUCCAAGAAGUCCCUGCUCGCCAACGAGUUUCAGGACGAGAGCGAAAGUGACGAGGAGACGCUGUACGCCAACAAAAUCUGAGAACAAUGGCGCCAGUUUUUGCUGUUGGCUCAGCAUUCUUUUUUAUUUUGAUCUCCCUCCUGGAAAUUGAACUUGUCCAACAAGGAAUAGGUUGACUUUGGGCACCAUCCCAGUCCAUCUUUAUGACUUGAGAUAUGAGUGAUAAAGACACUUUUCUUCUGUUAUACCAACAAGCUCUGCGCACUAGCUUCUGGUCACACAGUUAUCAGUGCAACCAAAUUAAUAGUUAACAGAACAUCAUGCUGAUGUCUGGAGUGAAGGGCUUGCUUUUUUGUGAUGUAUCUCUGUUUGACUGGGUCAACAAGAGGACAGAGAGAAGGUGUUAAAGAGGAGCGAAGGAAAAGGUUUGUUCCACUGUGGCUCUCAUCCGUCCUUUGGUUUUUGAGUCCCGCAGCUUUUUUAUUUAAUUUGUUUUCCGAGCCAUUCAAGAGUGCUCUUGAAGAUCGCUACGUGUCCCACCCGGCUGAGGAGUCAAGCCGCAAAGUCCAAAUUAAACUUUUUUUCUUGUUUAGUGGAUGUGUAAAUGAACUCUGAAUAAAAGUACUUAAUCUCA